ACUGUCUCCACCUCUCAACGCACUUUGUUUUGAUUGGUACCACGCGGAUGAAAGCGUGCUAAAUACCGGAAUUCUGUGUUUCUAUAUAAGAUUGUUUCGAGUGUGUACGUUGUAUAAAACCGAACCGAUAUGGCUAAAAAGGCUUCUGUAGAAAUGCUUAAUCGUUUGCAAGCGAUAAACGAUGAGAUGGAAUUCUAUAUGGAACUGUUCAACAUUCCGGAAUCAAAAGUGGACGAUGAUGAGUCCGAAUAUUUGUUGGACUCGGAAGAGAAACCCAAGAAGAAAGUGAUGGAAAGGACGGCCGAUACCGAAGAGGACAAGACACACCGGGUGGAGGUGAAGAAAAACAAAAUCACUGCCAAGCACAUGGGACGCAAAAGUAAAGCAACCACCGACCCUCAAAAGGCCGAACGUAAGAAGCUGAAAAAGGAGAAACAGAUGAAGAAAAAGUUGAAAACCAUCAACGCGAAGGCCAUCAAACAGGAACAGGAAAGAAGUAAACUAAUCGAACACAAGCCACUGGAGGAAAAGAAGGAAAAGAAACCGGGCCCGAUGUUCAAUGCGGAAGGGAAAAUAGUUUUCUCCAAGGUGCAGCUUGAUGAAAACGACGUGCAAAAGAAGGGCAUUGAAACGGACACGAAGAAACUGCUGAAGAAAGUUAUUGACAACAAAAAGCAGCUAGCCGAGUUGAAGGAAUCAGGUGAUAUGGAAAAGUACGCAGAGAUAAAGAAGAAACAGGCAUGGGAGAAGGCACUGGCCAAAACCGCCGGUCAAAAGGUGCGCGAUGAUCCGGAAUUGCUUACGAAGAAACUGACCCAGCGCAAGAAGCAGAUUAAGAAAUCGAGGGAAACUUGGAAGGAACGACAGCAGAAGAUUGAACAUCAGCAGAACCAGCGGCAGAAGGAACGAACGGCCAACAUUAAGGAACGUGCUCAGAAGAAAAAGAACACCAAGUUGAAGCGAAUGGCCAAGAAGGGACGAGUUAUACCUGGAUUCUAGAAAAAUAUAAGCGUAAAGUGUGUCUGGAAAAAAAGGAUACUUGUCCAAUUUCCAUACCCGGAACGAG